ACAAGCAAUGCAAGUGUCGUGAAGGCUACCAAGGAAUCCGGUGUGACCAGUUCCUGCCCAAGACGGACUCCAUCCUGUCAGACCCCAUUGACCACUUGGGCAUUGAAUUCAUGGAGAGCAAAGCUGUGUACAAGAGACAGGUGCUGUCAAUCACGUCCAUCGCCAUGGCAAUCAGUCUUCUGGGAACAAUGUGCAUGGCACUCUACUGCCGCAACAAGAGGCGCAGGGAGAAGCUCCAGGCCCACCUGAAGGAAAGUCGCAGUUUGAAAAGCUACACGACCAAUCCCAUCAAUCUUCUAGAAGCCAAGAUGAGGGUCCCAAACACCAACCUGCAAAUGCAUGAGUACUGCAAGCGUCCCCCCACGUCUCACCAGGGAAGUGUGUGUGAGUCCAGCUUUGUCUCCGCCCCGCCGCCCAGCGGCUCCAGAGGCGCAGCCAGACAUCACCGAAGCGGCUCCUUGUCCCACAGCCCUGAGCAGAGAACCCGCUCAGCUCACUGGUCAACUCCUCGCAGAACGCCUCCUAUAGCCAGAGGACGGCUAAACCCAAUCGGCGGAUCCAAGUUCUCAGGUCCUGCCUACGAACACCUUCAGGAAGUAGAGCCGUCUGAAAAGGAAACAGAAGCACAAAAAAGGUGAGAUCUGUCACCUUUGUCAUC